UCAGGGCUGUCGAUUGUAUUCAGAAACUUGGACGCAUCCAGAUAUCUGCAAUUCGUCCGGAGUAAUCUAUACAUACCUUAAGCACACACGUAGAGGAAGUGUUUAGAGUCUUAGAUAAUUAAAAAGUGAGAAAGGCAAGGAAAUGAAUCAAUCGGCUAAAUAUGCAUCGUUUAGUGAAACCGGCCUCGAUGGACCCGAUCAAGUACUAUUUACAGACGCAGAUACCACAUGUAAUGCCGAUGGCAGAGUACGAAUAAAAUUAGAUAACAAUGAAUUCAAUUUAUAUCAACCCGUAUCAAUCCCUGGAGUUUUGACUAGAACAGCAAAGCUUUACCCUGAUCACAUAGCGUUGGUGUCUAGACCUGAUAUCAACGGCAAAAGAACCACAUAUACUUUCCAAGAAUACGAGUCUACCGUAAGAAUCGUCGCAAAAGCGUUUUUAAAAUUAGGUUUAGAGCGAUAUCAUAGCGUCUGCAUAAUAGGAUUCAAUAGUCCGGAAUGGUUCAUUGCUGAACUCGCAACUAUAUACGCUGGUGGAAUCGCGACAGGGAUUUAUACCACAAAUUCUCCGGAGGCAUGCCAAUAUUGCGCUGAAUACAGUCGAGCAAAUAUAAUAGUCGUUGAAAAUGAAAAGCAUUUGCGGAAAAUCUUGCAAAUAAAACACAAUUUAUCCUAUUUGAAAGUAAUUGUUCAAUAUGACGGCAUACCUACCGAAAAGGAUAUUUUGAGCUGGGGUGAUUUAUUGGACAUAGGUAAGAGAGAAUCGGAGAAUAAAUUAUCAUAUGUGUUAAAAACGAUAGGAAUAAACGAAUGUUGCAGUUUAGUGUAUACGUCGGGGACAGUCGGAAAUCCAAAAGCUGUAAUGGUAAACCAUGAUAAUUUAUUGUUCGGCAUACGGGCAUUAUUACUAGUGCUACGUAUAAAAGAAAAAUCAGAAGUCAUAGUCAGCUAUUUGCCAUUAUCUCACAUUGCAGCACAAAUAAUUGACGUCAUAAUUAACAUUGUGUUUGCGAGCACAGUAUACUUUGCAGACCCAAGUGCAUUAAAGGAUACAUUAAUAAAUACGUUACUUGUGGCGCAACCGACUAUUUUCCUAGGAGUGCCCAGAGUAUGGGAAAAGAUAUAUGGAAAAAUGCAAGAGAAAACGCAUAGUGUAAUAAACACAUGGAUUAUUAAAUGGGCAAAAGAACAAGCUCUUCAUUAUUAUACGAAUAAAAUAAAUGGCAUAGAUUACAAACAUUGGGGCUACAUUGUUGCAAAAUGGCUUGUUUUCAAUAAAAUCAAGGCAGCAUUGGGUUUAAAUAAAUGUUACAUCUAUUUUACCGGAGCAGCACCUAUUAAUAUCGAUAUUAAAAGGUAUUUCUUGAGUUUAGACAUACCUUUAAUAGAGGUAUAUGGAAUGUCUGAAUGUGCCGGGCCUCAAACAAUAAACGACUUUAAAUAUAGCAUGGUUGGUGUGGGAAAAUCUUUACCUGGGCUAUAUAUAAAAUUAGACAAUAUAAAUGAACAUGGUGAAGGAGAAAUUUGUAUGAGUGGACGACACAUAUUUAUGGGUUACUUAAAUGCACCGAAGCAAACCGAAGAAGUCAAAGAUAAAAGUGGUUGGUUACAUAGUGGUGAUCUUGGCAGAUUAGAUUCAAAUGGGAAUUUGUUUAUUACUAGUAGACUAAAAGAACUUAUAAUCACAAGUGGAGGGGAAAAUGUGGCAUCAUACAAUAUAGAGCAAGCAAUAUUGUCGGAAUUAUCAUAUUUAAGUAAUGCCAUAGUGAUUGGAGAUCAAAGGAAAUAUUUAAUAGUCCUUGUCACACUUAAGAGUAAUAUGAAUGAAGAGACUGGCGCGUCAUUGGAUACGCUGGCGUCAGAUGUAUUAAAAUGGGCACAGUCUAUUGGUAGUAGCGCCAAAACAGUUACAGAAGUCAUAAACUCUCGUGAUGAAGCCAUAUAUGGAGAAAUCGACAAGGCAAUUAAGAGAGCAAAUAUGCAAGCUAUAAAUAAUGCUCAAAAAGUACAGAAAUUCGAAAUUCUUCCUCAUGAUUUUUCGAUUCCAACCGGUGAAUUGGGACCCACUUUAAAACUUAAAAAGAAUGUAAUUCAGAAGAUGUAUGCUGAUUUAAUAGACAAAAUGUAUAGUAGAUAAAAUUCUACACUGUCAUAAUAAUAUUAAUAAUACAUUUUCGCAAUAUGUAUAGUUACUUAAAGAUUAAAGCUUAUCAAGAGAAUUUCAUGAAUGAAAUUCAUUUAUUUAUUAAGUGAUCAAUACAGAUCGCAUUAGUUGAAAAGUCACGAAUUAUAUUGGGCAAACAUUAUGCAGCCAUUUAGUAACAUGAAGCACUGGAAUGAUGAAACGUAAAUGUAAAUCGCAUUAUAAAAAUAAUGGCUGCGCCCGAACUGUUUGGAGAGUUUUGUCAUCACUUUUAUCUUCGUCGUCACAAUAUUGUAUCAUCAAUUCAUCAGUCCGUACAAUUCAAACUUGGAUUCGCAAGUUUAAAGAACAAUCUUAACAUGAAAGAAGACAAAUCAUAUGAACAAAUGUAGCCAAGAAUCGUGAUAAUGAAAAUAAAAGUGGCGGCGAAAUUUUUUACGAGCAAUUUAGAUAUUGUAAUCAUUAUUUUUAGCGAUUUCAUACAUAUAUAUAUUACUUAUCAUUC